AUGGAUUUCAAUUUAACCAGAAUAGAUUAUGCCCAAAUUGGUCCCACUGGCAAACGUUCAAUGAAAAUUAUUCUUGCUAAUCAAAAUCCAAAGAAAAAAAAGUCAAGAUUUCUCGACAAAAUUGUUUGUGGUGCUUACAAUGGAGUGCUACUUUGCUUUGGGCGGAAAAACGACGAGACGCAAGUGAGCAAGUACAUCUAUGGGAUUGAAAUGUUUCUGUGUGGAGAACGAAAGUUCAGCCAUUUUCAUGACUGCGUUGAUGCUAAUUCUUACCUUUGUACCGAUCAAAUCAACGAUGUUCUCUGUUUACCGGUUGUUGAAGGUUCAUGGGUUGGUCGAGGGAUAACUCCGAUCAUUGCUUGUGAUGAUAAGACCGUUAAGGUACUUGAAGGUAGUCAACUAAGUUAUGAAGUGGGCUUGAAAGAUAUUCCGAGCGUUCUUCAUCUUUUUUUGAAUGAUGGAGGCCUCAGUAAGCAAAAAGUCUUGUAUGGCACCAAAGAUGGUAAUAUUGGACUACUUGAAUUGCCACCAGAAAAUGGAAUAUUGAUUUGGGAAGUACCAACAAAAAGCUCAAGCGCUGUUACUUGCAUAAACUGUUAUUGCUUGACUGGAAGAUCUACACCAGAUAUUAUCAUUGGCAAAGAAGAUGGCCUUAUUGAAAUUUAUACUGUCGACCAAACUGAUCAAAUUACUUUUUACAAAAGUUAUGCAAGUUUUUCUGUGCAUUUUCAAUGUGAAGAAUGCAUAGCCAGUAUCCAGUGUGGUCGAGUAUCAUCGCCUGAUUUUGACGAAAUUAUUGUUUGCUCUCGUACCGGGUGGGUUUUCGCCCUUACUACCGAGCCUAUAAGGAGGAAGUCGAUUGAUUCUAUGAUAGCCUUGUCACCUCAAAUAGAGGUCAAGGUUCAAGAACUGAGUUUUUAUUUGAAAAUUUGCAGAAGUGAGCUUGAGAAAUUAGAACGAAAAGUUUAUGAAGAACGUCAAAAAUACCACGAAACAAUUUCACAAGACGGUAUUGUUCCAGUAACAGCGCCACGAUUCAUGAUUCACGAUCAGUACAAAUUUAGUAAGAAAACUGCUUGUUUUUUGUUAGUUAUUGAUUCGAUCAUUCCCAUCGACUACGUUUUACUUCAGAGUGAUGUACCAGUGGAUCUUCUUGACGAUGAAAAGAAUUCAGCAUCAAAAAACGCAUUACUUGCAACAUAUCGCUGUCAGACAAGCACUACGAGAAUCGAAAUUGGAAUCCGUUCAGUGGAAGGACAAUAUGGAACUCUUCGUGCUUACAUUUGCCCAAAAAUUUACCCUAGAAUAUGUCAGGUUCGUACGUAUGAAAUAAAACCUCUUAUGCUGCAUUACCGAGUGCAUCAAUUCGAUUCAUCACUACCACUUAAUGUCUUGAAAAUAAAUGGAAACUUCACGUUAGCAGAAGCACACCAGUGGUUACGCAUGCUUUUGUUAGAUAUUCCAGACCGAUCUCCAACUCAAAAUUUUGUUACGUUUAAUUUCUGUUCAGCCUUUACUGGAACACAAAUGCAAGCAAUCUACAGCCGUGGUUCAGCUGUUUUUCAGAGUGACAAUAUUUCUACAAUAACUAUCAUUCGGGAUGUUUUGAGUAAAGAAAUAACCAAAAGACAAAUUAAGGUUGACAUUCAAUACAGUAAGUUGUAA